UCCUUGUUUGUUGACGUGGGCAAAGAAUAGAAUUUGCGUUGGAGAAAUAAGCCACGGUAGCAGAAGGAAGAAAGGAAGAAAGAAAGAAGGCACGAUAGCAUAACAGUGCAGUCGAGAGAGACUUAGGAAGAUUAACGAAAUCGAAAUGGCUUCUCUACUUGUGAAAAGAGUUGCAGUAAGCGUUCACAGAGUCCUCAAUUCUUCGCAGCCACAAUCAACCACACUCCUCAGGCCUGUUUUUGGAUAUCAUAAGAUUUCCCCUUUCACUUCUCACUCUGAUUCUGAUAACAACUCGCUUCACAUCGAUUUAUCCAAUCAAGAAUCCAAAAGAACCUUGUUCAACAGGUUAUUGUAUAGAAGCAAGCAACGAGGGUUUCUCGAACUCGAUCUGGUUCUUGGAAAAUGGGUACAGAACAAUAUCCACUCCCUCGAUGAAAAUCAUAUUCGAUCUCUCAUUCAUCUCCUCGACGUGGAGAAUCCAGAUUUAUGGAAAUGGUUAUCUGGGCAGGAGCAACCCCCUGAAUCAAUUAGCAUAAACCCUGUCUUUGCUGCAGUGCAGGAAGGAGUUAUGAAGAAUCUUGAUAGCCAUUCUUCUCCUGAAACAAGAGCUACACCUGGGAAACCAUGGGUAAGAGGCUGGGAUGAUAUACAGAAAUUUCGGGGAGGCCCCAGUGCUGGGAAUCAGUAGCUUGGGUAUAAAUGAUACUAUCUUUGUAACAAUAAAUUGAAUUCGUGUAUACCAUUUUGUUACUAUAAAUAAGGGCUUAGUAACAACAACUUGAAGGUUUGUUUUAGACUAGUAGCUACUAGAUAUCAGUAAAAGAAUAAAAGGAGUGAAAAGUAGAAGAUUGCGGUUUCGCUUUCAGUGAACCUUUGUUCUGUAUUCACCUAUUGCUGGUGGUUGUAACUUAAAACGGCUGACUCUGCAUUCUCCUUUUCUUGUUCUAACAGUUGAUCUCAUACACCAAUAGAACAAAUAAAUCAAGGGUAUCAUUGUUACUAGAAGGAAUGGCUUCAUUAAUUCAAUGUAGUAUCAGAACAGAGCCAAGAUGAGACCAAUAUGAACAUCUUGGAUUCAACGUUCACCGACUAACGUGACUUUAUUUUUAUGUUUGAAUUGAUGAGUUUGAAGAUAUUUGGCACUG